UCGUAAUUUAAUGGUUGUCGAUUAAACAAGUUACCGACUGAUAUCUUAAACAGAAUGUUUAUUUUGGUACACCUUUCGGCUCUCGAAACAGCUUUAGGUAUAGCAUAUAUUAAAAUUUAUUAGUACCUCACAAAUCGGAUAUGCAGCGCUGUAAAAGUUAGGACGUGCGAUGGCGACAGGAUUAUUUAUUCAUCGCGAUAGUGAAUCCUUAAUUUUAUGUAGCCUGUGUGUUUUAAUAUCAUUCAUAGCCGGUCUUAUAUUUAUCUGAAGAGUGUUCAACUUUGAAUCUAGGGUCGUGAACCAUCGUUUGGAUAUUAUAUUUCUUAUACCUAGUUCUGCUAAUUUUAUAGUUCAUUCUUUUCAGGAUACGUAUUUUUUAAAUAUGUUUCAUAAGCAAGUGACUUGCAUUAUGUGUUUAAAGUGGAGUUUGCUAUUUUUCAUUCAAUUUGACAUAACUGUAAUUGUCAGUUGUUAUUGUGGUGGUAAGUCUUUAGAAAGAAUCGAAAACACAGCUAGUAUUGUAAUUUCGGGACACGUGAAAGAGAUAUUAGAUGAAAGGUACGAAGGGUAUGCAGCACACAUUGAAGUGAAACGAGUUUUCAAAGGAAAUGACUUAGUAAAUAAAGUUGUUAAUAGCAGUGAAAAUCAACUUUCACUCGACGUUCCCCAGAAAAUACUUUUCAGUGAAAACUACAAUAAAAUCUUACUCGUCUCCGGAUUUCGACUUUCGAAUGAUUCUGACUGCCAAAGCCAUAUUAAGAAAGGAGACACUCGGAUAUUUUUCUUGGAACAUACGACGACCCCCGACCAUGCAUUGAAUCUCAUUCCGCCAAUAGUGGCAAUGUCUAUGUAUUACAUUCAGAGGAUUAACGCCGCUAUUAAAGAUGUGCCGUUUGACGUCCCACCACCUACAAAAUCCCCAUGCCUCGGUUAUUUCUGUGCCUUCCACGCCACCUGUUUGGUAAAUGAAACAACGCAAACACCGUACUGCAAAUGUCUCGAAUCAUGUGUCGACAGUCUGGAGUUUCCGGUAUGCGGUUCAGACGGACGAACGUACGCGAGUUCCUGUCACAUUGAGCUACACAGCUGUACCUCACAGCGACGCAUCAAACUGCAGUAUGAAGGACCUUGCAACGAUCCGUGUGACGGAAUCAAGUGCGAGGGCAACCAAGUGUGCAAACUGGAUAGGGAUCGGAAGCCGUCGUGUUCCUGUGAGAGCAACUGCCCCGCCGUGGUGUCGCACGUAUGCGGUAGUGAUGGACAGACGUAUAGCAACGACUGUCUACUGAAGAAACAGGCGUGCACCAGUGGCCGAGAAUUACUGGUCGUUUAUGAUGGCAAAUGUAGAGGAGCCAACAGUCUGGACCAUAUUGGAAAACACCGAGAAGUCCCCGUUAACACCUCCCUUCACCAGCGAAAAAGAACUCAUUAA